AUUAAUCUUAUCAUUUACAACGACACGUUCAGUUGUUUUUCUCCACGAGUAAAAUAAAACGGAAAUAAUAACUAUAAAAUAGCAUGUGUUUUUUUAUGAUUUUAUAUAUUCACGUGAAGUUAUUUUGAUGGAUUUGUUUUUAAUUGUGUUGAAAGUGUUGAAUCUGCUGCUGUGAAUGUGUCGCGGUUUAGACCGCGCCAACAGUGUGAUCAUUAAUGUUUGUGGUGAAUUAAUCAUCAAAUCAAUAACUCGAUCGGAUGUGACGGUUUUCAUGAGUGGUGGGCAGCUGGUGUUCUGCAGACAGCGCAGGUGAACUGCUCCGCAUGCGCAGACGUGACUGCAGUGCUGGAACUGACCCACAGUCUGAGCGAGUCUGUAGUGAUGCACAGAGAAGCACAACCAGUGCUGCUGAAGGUACAGCCACGGCGUUUCUAUCAAACUGCAUGUCUCUGUCUCUCCUGUACGAUUGUGUUUGUCAGGGUGGAGAGUCUGUGUCUCAGCGAGUGUGUCAGGAACAGUUUUCCUCCUAUAAUUCCAGAUUCACAAGCGUCUCGCGGCCGGACACGUUCACGCAAACACCUGCCAACUUCACUGUAGUCCGGAGUUUUACAUCUAGUCACAGAGAGACGUUUCUUCAGUGGUUAUUUCCUGAUGCUGAGCUCUGCCCCCUGCUGGAUAACACAGGAACUACACUGCAACACUGCCAACUGACUGACAACACAAGCUCCUGGAGCAGGAAUGAUGAUCAGCUCUACUCAGCUUUGUUGUGUUGUAGAGAGUGCAGGUUCUGGGUUGGCUGGUUGUUGCUGACGGUUCUCCAGCCGUUUGGAUUGUUCCUAUUCAACAAUGCCAAAAACACUGCAGCUCCUUCAACCUGUCUUGAACCAGGAGAUACAGUGUACGCUGACCCGCUGAUGGAGUUGUUUCCAGGCCGAGAUCAGAACUUUGUAUGUGACGUUCCAAUGCUCUGAGACUCGUCUGUUCCAAUGAUGGUCAUACUGAGUGUUAGACACGUCCCAGUGUCACCACAUCACUUCCUGAGAGACUCAAUAACAAACAUCUACAUCAUCCACAGAUCUCACAACCUUCUCCCUUUCAGAAGAGAAUGGAUUAUUGGCUCUCUCAUUAAUCAAUGUGGUCUUCUAACUCUAGUUCUUCUGCUCUCAGGUGUUGAAUCUGCCCUUUGAGUCCAAUAGCACCGAGUAAAGCAGACGUCAGCAGAUAUCAGGACCGUUUAAAAGAAAAAUGACAUUAUAGUAGUUUUGCUGCCUUUAUUUAUGUGAUUUUAAUAAGGAAAAGAUGUAGUGCAAAAAGAGAGUAACCAAAAUAUUUUUUUUACGUUACUGCAAA